CCUGUUGCAGGUGGUGUCGUUUGUUUUCUGGCUGUCAGACUGGUGUGUAAACACCACGGAGCAGAGCCGGAGAGAGGAGCUGCUGCGGGACGGCGCGUAGCCCCCCAGUUCAAGUCAGUACGGUGAAUGGGAACGCUGGUGCAGUCGUCCCGCUGCUGACUCUGUAGCCCAGCAGGGUGGAACAAAAAGCCCGGAACAAAAAGCGGGUUAUUCCAUCGCGCGCGGCUCAUCAGCGCCCGUCGGAGAACCAUGGCGGCGACGACCGUUGCGGAGGCUGAUCCCGCGGCGAGCGAAGGCGGCACUGGUUUCACUGGCGUCCAGAACUGGGACUGGGAUGAGUCUCAGCUAAGGAAAUAUUCCUUCCCAACGCAGCCCAUUCCCAGACUGUCUCACACGGACCCCAGAGCAGAGAUGCUGAUAAACAACGAGGAACCUGUGAUUUUAACAGACACAAACCUUGUGUAUCCAGCUCUUAAAUGGGAUGUUGCAUACCUCCAGGAGAACAUUGGGAAUGGAGACUUCUCUGUUUACACUGCACAAAAGCACAAAUUCCUCUACUAUGAUGAGAAAAAAAUGGCUAAUUUUGAGAACUUUGUCCCCAAAUCGCAACGAAUGGAAAUGAAAUUCUCUGAAUUUGUGGAUAAAAUGCAUUUAACGGAAGAAAUGAGAGGAGAGGAGAGGGUAUAUCUGCAGCAGACCCUGAAUGACACGGUAGGGAAGAAGAUUGUUGUUGACUUCCUUGGUUUCAACUGGAACUGGAUCAACAAGCAGCAAGCCAAGAGGAACUGGGGACAACUGACAUCCAACCUGCUGCUGAUCGGCAUGGAGGGCAACGUGACUCCAGCACAUUACGACGAGCAGCAGAACUUCUUCGCACAAAUUAAAGGCCAUAAGAGAUGCAUCCUCUUUCCUCCCGACCAGUUUGAGUGUCUCUAUCCAUAUCCUGUGCACCACCCCUGUGACCGACAGAGCCAAGUUGAUUUUGAUAACCCUGAUUAUGAGAAGUUUCCCAAUUUUAAAAAUAUAGUUGGUUAUGAGACUGUUGUGGGCCCAGGAGAUGUGCUCUACAUCCCGAUGUAUUGGUGGCAUCACAUUGAAUCACUGUUAAACGGUGGAGUGACGAUCACUGUAAACUUCUGGUACAAAGGUGCCUCCACACCCAAGAAGAUAGAGUACCCGCUGCGUGCUCAUCAGAAGGUGGCCAUCAUGAGAAAUAUUGAGAAAAUGCUGGGAGAAGCACUAGGAGACCCACAUGAGGUUGGACCUCUACUGAAAACCAUGAUCAAGGGGCGAUAUGAGCAGGAUCUCAGUUAGAGCCCGGCUCCUAAAACUGUUCAUCAGACUGCUCUGGAAACUGUUUGCCGUGUUGAAGUGAGACUGCUGCGUGCGUACUGCACAUUCUGAUGCCGGAGCUACGCAUCACUUUACGGCAAUGAGCGGCCAUAUUGAAACCAUUCUCCCACGGUCGUUGCCAAUACAUCCAUCAUAGAAGAAACACCUGCAUAACUCAUGGGAAUUCACCCAGCUUGUGGAAGUGUUUUUUUUUCUUUGAGAAAAAGGCCUGAUUUGGCUUUCGUCCAGAUGUAUUUAUGUGAAUCAGUGUUCUAUCAACACAUUCAAGCUAAGAGGUGAAGUUGUCUGAGAUCGGUACCUUUUGGAAUAACGACAACAUUUUGACCACUAAUGGAUGAGUUAAGGGGUAUUAUAGACACAGUAAACAUCAGUUAAAUGCAGAACACUUCUUAUACACAUGUAGUAACACAGCUGUGGGUUGAUUACCAAGUGUGGAGUGAUCAUAUUGUGUUCUCCGUCUUCAUCACAAAGACAGCUUUAAAACUGGCGUGGUGUAAACCUUUAAAGACAACGGGUCAUUUAAGUGUUUUAAAUAUAUUUAUCCACGUAAUCUGCAUCAUCUCCACGCCUAUCCUACAUGGUUAUAGGGAGUGAUCAGCAAGAACUUUCUGUUGCAAAGAGGAAAGUAUAGGCGUGGUAUUAAACACAGAAGUACAGUGAUUCAAAACUGUAAUUAAAUAUGAUAAAAAAAUAUGUGUGGGAGCUCAUAUAUUCAGCUAAAGGGACAUGUGACGGCUUGCAGUUAAAUUGUUGUAACUGAGUGAUGCUGCUUUGUUUAUUUAUGCUCUUGCUUGAUUGAUUUUUUUGGACUUUACUGAAUUUGCUAUUGUGCUUUCCAGUAAAAGGUGAAGAGGCACUGGAAAUAAAUCACAUCCUACCAUCUUAGUUGCAUACACAGUAAAAGAAAGAAACCUCAAUAAAGUAAGUCACUGUUUUGGAAAACUGAAAAAAGAAAUAACUUGUCACGUUUUUUCUGAUGGAAAAAACUGUAAAAGGGAUUUAAGUUAACUGCUUAAAUGAUAGAUUUAUGUUAAAUCAACGCACUGAAGUAGCAGGGCCAUCUGCUGGGAUGUAGCUUAUGUACCAUCUAGCUGUCAUGUUUUACAAUGCUCUACAUUAAACACAACCAUUCAAUAUGCUGUAUUAAAUGCAGCAGAUCUGAGAUGAAAUGAUGCUGCAAUGUGGUCAAAGGAUGAUUCCAGAUGGAAACCUCUUGCUGCUAUUGAUUAAAAAUCCCCUUAUUUUCUCUUGCAUGCAGCCAUAUUCUGAAGACAUGAAAGUGGAGCCACUUGAAAGAUGACUGUGCAAGUUCAAAGUGCUCUUCAGAACGGUUGUAAAAAUGUGUAUUAAACAAACGGGGAGGAUCAUUUCACAUGUUGUGCUGUAUGUGCCAAACCAAUAUACAGACCAGUGGAUGGGCAUCUCCAUAUUCAGACAGCUGUUUGCAUGUGUUAUUGGAUACAUUGGUAAGUGGUAUAGGAAUAUCAAAGCACUUAAUUCACCUGGAAUAUACAGGUCUUCAGGGUUUGUUAUGUAUAAUUACAUUUAAAUUGUUGAUAUCAUGCAUAUCUAGUUCUACGAUGGAACAAAAACCCUUCCUCUGUAGAAAUAGUUUACCGGAUGUUUCACCCCCCUCUUCUAUUGAUCGGUCAACCAUGUUUACUGCACGCCUGUGCCUCGCUUAACAAUGGCAUGGCACGAAAUGCUGCAAUGAGUUGAUUUUUAUAUUUGUUUUAUUUUCACAAUGUUGGUUUUCACUCUGGCCUUAAACAGCUUUAAAUGUGGGAUUGAGUCAUAGGAAUAGAGGCAUGAUUUUAUGGAUGGAUGCCUGUGUUUUGUGUUGCACAUACAGUAUGUGCUCUCCUUUAUCGUCCGAUUAAAGUUUGUUUGCAAAGUUC